GGUUUGGAAAAGAGUUUUCAGCUUCUUAGUGAUUAUUUAAACUGAAGAAAUUAAAUGAUGGAAAAACAGAAAUAAUGAAUUAGUAUCAGCAAGAAACAUGUUUAUCUUGUCACUAAGGAUAAGCAUCGAAAGCAAAAUCUAAGACAAAAGAAUGAAGUCAAAUUGAGAAAGUUAAACUCAAAGAGACAAUUUAUGAUGCAUAAUAACAAUGUUUUGCAAAAGAAUUUAUGGAGAUGAAUAAGAAGAUAAGAGUGCAUAUACAGGGAAGUUAAGAAGGCCCAUUACAACUACAACUGCCAGGCUCAGGGGUUCCUUGGAGUAGCAUUAAAGACUUUCUGCACUAGAUCUUCAUUGCACAUCACCUAUACCACACCCAAAUAAUUCUAAACAAUUUUCUCUUUUCCAAUAAAAGACAAUGGAACAAAAAGAAGAUGCAGAUUAUAAGGAGGGAAAAGUUGGAUUGAUUGUUUCAUGAUUUUUUUUUUUUUUUUUUGGGGUCGAUUUUUCUUUUUUGAAUAUGGGUUAUGAUUCUGAUAUCUUGAACAUGAUUUUCAUCAUCAUGUUCAUGCUUUUAUCAUUAAACAAUACCCACAUUCUCAUUGCCGGUUCUUUAUCAAAUGAAUCAGAGGACUUGACCAGUGAUCUUGUGCCACAGCAACUGUAUUUCAAUGGUGAUAUUGAAGAUGGGAUUCCAAGUCCUACCCAGAUUGAGAAAGUUUCAGGGGAGGAUGCGAAUGAAGAAGAGAGAGUUUCAAUCUUGGAGAAGUUCAGGGUUUUGCUUGGACUCAAGAAGUACUAUAUGAAUUGGCCAUUAAAUGAUCAUGGUCAUGGCCAUGGCCACUCUGUAAAUGUGUCACCAGUACCUUCUCCAUCACAUUCCAUCGAUGCUGAAGCUCCAGCUCCUGCUCCUGUGCUGCACCACCAUGCGCAUUCUCAUCCUCCGCCGCAUCGUUUGCCCGCAACCCAACCCACUCAUCUCAAGCUUCAUGGAGAGAAUAAAGGCAGAGUGAGAAAGAUUCUUAUAGCAGUGCUUGUCUCAGUAGGAGUUGCUACACUGUUUUGUGUUAUUGGCCUCAUCUGGGCUUGCAAGAAAUACACAAAACAUCAGAAGAAAAGCACAGGAACAAUGUCAGUGUAUGGAAAAACAAGAAGAAAAAAAUCAAAGUAUUCAAGUUUCAGAAAACCAGCAAGCAAGGUGAGAUUAAAUCCUGGUCUUGAUCUGUUUUAUCUUGAUUCAUUAGGACUGGAUUUAGAGCAACAACAACAGACCACUUCUUGUCCUAAGGAAACUUCUGAAUCUGUGAACAUACCGCCAAAUCAUAGCAUAGAAAAAGGUACAAUGCAUGAGAGGAAGGAAUCUGAACAAGAGUUGAUGAAAUCAGAAAUUGAUGACAAUGUUAGUUCUUCUUCCACAAGAGAAAUUAUGUCUGUUCAUGAGGAGGCAGAUUCAAUAAAAAAUGAAUCUGAUUGUGCUAAUUCCCCAUAUGGGGAGAAAGUACUUAUUCCUAUUGAAACUCACUCUUCUGAUGAUGAAUCUUUUCAUUCUUUCGGAGAUUCGAGUUCAUCUAACAUCCGCCUUUCCAAUGCUUCGGAGGGAAGUAUGCGUGACACAUUAGAGAGUUUCUCCCCAAAGGUGUCAAGCAAUUGUUUCUUAGAGCUCACUUCUGUGGACUUACCCAUUGUUGAUACAAAUGCGGCUUUGGACUUACCAACUCAGCUAGAAAUCCCAUAUACAAACUCAUUCCCAGCAAUGGAUUUACAGUCUCCAAGUAAAGCAGAACAAAUUUGUCAGAAGGAUAUGACAACUUUUUCUCCUCCUCCACCACCACCACCACCUCCUCCUCCAACCCCUCCUCCCCCACGCAUAAACUUUCUUCCUAAACGUUCUUCUUCAAGGCCAAAUAGAAAUAUGUCCAAUGCUUCAAGCUCUUCCACAUUGCCAAAUUUAUCAUCUCCAAGAAAAUCAGAUUCUUCUCCUAAAUCAAACCAAAGUUUGCAAUCUGAAUUUCCUUCUUCAGCUCAAAAUCCCUCUAUACCGUCACAAAGUCCACCUUGUAUUCCUCCACCACCGUGCCCACCUCCAUUUCUUAAACCAAACAACAACGGAUUGAAAACUCCACCUCCCCCACCAUGUCAACUCCCUCAGUUUGCACCAUUGGGAAAAGGUCGAACUCCAUUGCCAAAACUAAAGCCUCUACAUUGGGACAAAGUUAGGGCCGCACCGGAUCGUUCCAUGGUGUGGGACAAGCUGAGAUCAAGCUCAUUCGAGUUGGACGAGGAAAUGAUCGAAUCACUUUUUGGAUACAACAUACAAAAAACCAUAAAGAAUGAUGAAGUAAAGAGCAAAAGCCCUUCUCCAAGCAAGCAUGUCCUGGAACCAAAGAGACUACAGAACAUAACUAUACUCUCAAAAGCUCUGAGUGUUACCGCUGAGCAAGUAUGUGAAGCACUAUUACAAGGGAACGGAUUGUCUUUACAACAAUUGGAGGCGCUUGCAAAGAUGGUACCCACCAAAGAGGAAGAAGGUCAGCUUUCUGGGUAUAAAGGAGACAUCAAUGAACUUGGUUCAGCAGAGAGAUUCGUUAAGGCAAUGCUUCAUAUACCUUAUGCUUUUCAACGAGUAGAAGCCAUGCUUUACAGAGAAAAUUUUGAAGACGAGGUUGUUCAUCUUAGAAAUUCCUUCUCAAUGCUAGAGGAGGCCUGCAAGGAACUGAGGUCAAGCAGGCUCUUCUUAAAGCUACUCGAAGCAGUGCUCAAAACAGGAAACAGAAUGAAUGUAGGAACCAUUAGAGGAGGUGCAAAAGCUUUCAAGCUCGAUGCCCUUCUCAAGCUCUCCGACGUGAAAGGUACAGAUGGGAAGACUACUUUGCUCCAUUUUGUUGUCCAAGAGAUAAUAAGAUCAGAAGGAAUCAGAGUUUCGACAAGCAUUAUGGGGAGGAUCAACCAGAAGAAUAAUAAAAACAGAACCCCAGAAGAGAAAGAAGAAGAUUAUCGAAGAAUGGGGUUGGAUCUAGUUUCUGGUUUGAGCACUGAACUUUACAACGUGAAGAAAACUGCUACCAUAGACUUGGAUGUUCUUGCUAGCUCUGUUUCGAACCUAUCAGAUGGGAUGGCUAAGUUGCAAGGUCUAAUAGGGAAGGACUUGGAAGAGAAUGGGAAAAGUGGGAAUUUCGUGAACUCCAUGAAUUCGUUCUUGAAUUACGCAGAGAAGAAUCUGAAAGGGUUGCAAGGGGAUGAAGACAGGGUGUUGUCUCAUGUGAAAGAGAUUACAGAGUAUUUCCAUGGUGAUGUGAGCAGGGAAGAAGGGAACCCACUUCGUAUAUUUGUGAUUGUGAGAGAUUUUCUGGGUAUGUUAGAUCAUGUUUGUAAAGAACUUAGAAAUGCAAGAGCACCACGCACGCCGAACCCUCUUGCUCCAUUCCGGUAGUCUCUAAAUGAGAAGUUUAGAUUUUUUUGUGUGUGUGUUUAUAAGCAGAAUAAGAAUUCUGAUUUUUUUUUUUUUUUUGGGGAAUAUUUUAGAUUGGAUUUGCUUGCCAAACUAAGAAGUUGUUCUUUGUUUUAAAAGCUUCUUUUGAGUUGAAUAGAUUGUAUUGUAUUCAUA